UUACCAGCCUCGGACCAUGGCCUUCCAGACGCUAUCACCUAAGUGAGAAGCCAGCCUGCCUGCGGUACUUCGUUUCCUUGUCUUUGCCCUUACCAAACCGGAACUGGAAUGUCAGGGGUUUCAGAGGAGGAUCCUGAGGGUCUGGGCCCCUUGAGCCCGCCAGCGUCAGGCAGAGCCUGCUUAGCCACCAUGGACAAAAAACUUAACGUGCUGAGCGAGAAGGUCGACAGACUCUUGCAUUUCCAAGAAGACGUCACAGAAAAGUUGCAUUGUAUGUGCCGAGGCAUGGACCACCUGGAACAAGGCUUGCAGCGGCUGGAAGCCUCCCGGGAGUUGGCUCUGGGAGAGCCUGGCAGCACUCCCCCAGCCACGGCUCAGGCCGCGUGGCCCGAGAUCCUGGAGCUGGUGAGGGCUGUGCGGCAGGAGGGCGCCCAGCAUGGUGCCAGGCUCGAAACCCUCUUCAAGAUGGUGGCAGCUGUGGACAGGGCGAUUGCCUUGGUAGGGGCCACAUCCCAGCACUCAAAGGUGGAUGCUUUCAUCAUGCAAGGCAGCGUGGCCUGCAGGAAAGGCAGCCUGGCUGAUGGCCCUGAGGAGAGCAAGGAGCAGGCAGAGGGUACGGGAGUAAAGCCAAGGCAUGUGCUGAGUACCGGAAGUGCGCAAGCUGACCCCUCCAGGAGGCUGUGGGAAGAAAGCCCGGAGGAGGACAUACCAGCGGGGACAGUGGCAAGGCUGCCUCUCAUUUUCAAUACUCCAUCAAAGGGAGCUGACUUCACCCAGGCAGGAGCCUCACUGAGGCAGGGUGUUGAAGUUCUUAGCCCAGGUCAAGUGUCCCCACCCACAGAAGCAGAGUCCAGGAUCCCUGCAGUAUCCAGUGAGAACCCUGGGACUACCCUGGAACUGUCUGUGGCGAUCGGCAGAAUCAGCGAGGUCCUCACUAGCCUCACGAUGUCACAAAGUGCAGGUGGAGGAAGCUCGCCCAGCAAGCCUGACUGUUGUCUCUCAGAAGAGGCCAAGUGGCCGAGUUCAGGGCCUAGCCCUCAGCCCCUAGGGCCACUGACUCCAAGUGGUGAGGUCCACAGUCCCAGGAUCUCUAUCCAUGUGCCAGAGAUGGCUACUCCUGGGAAGCUGCUGGAGACACAGAGGGGCAGCCCCAUUGCUUCUGCAGAAACUCCAGUGGUUGCCCACCCUGAGGAGCAGGACCCACAUCCCAAAGGCUCUGGGACUGAGUUGGAAGACCAGAUCCCUAAAGGAGCCAGACCAUUUCCACCCCUGCUAAAAAGGAGCAGCAAUGCGGAAGCAAGCACCGAGGAGACAGGGCCUGGGGCUGAGCCUAUUAUAGGAUCGAAUUUGGCCACAAGGGACUGGGGAGGUGAGACUGUCAGGACCACAGACCUGCAGCAAGACGUAGACCCAGGAGCAAGGAACUCUGAGCCUGGGAAGGACCACACAGCCAAGGGUUCAGAGAGAAAUGAAGCCGGAAGGAGGGUGUCUACUGCUGCAGAGGCUGCCAUUACGGUUCUAGAUGACAGUGCAGCGCCCCCAGCCCCGUUUGAACACCGGAUAGUGAGCAUCAAGGAUACCCUGAUCUCAGCAGGCUACACAGUGUCCCAACAUGAAGUCCUGGGAGGGGGCCGGUUUGGCCAGGUGCACAGGUGUAUGGAGAGGUCUUCUGGCCUUGCCCUGGCAGCCAAGAUCAUCAAAGUGAAGAGCGUAAAGGACCGGGAGGAUGUGAAGAAUGAGAUCAACAUCAUGAACCAGCUCAGCCAUGUAAACCUCAUCCAGCUUUAUGACGCCUUUGAGAGCAAGAACAGCUUCACGCUGAUUAUGGAGUAUGUGGAUGGAGGUGAACUCUUUGACCGGAUCACAGAUGACAAGUACCACCUGACUGAACUGGACGUGGUUUUGUUCACAAAGCAGAUCUGUGAGGGUGUGCACUACCUCCACCAGCGCUACAUACUGCACCUGGAUCUCAAGCCGGAGAACAUACUGUGCGUCAGCCAGACAGGACAUCAAAUUAAGAUCAUUGACUUUGGGCUGGCUAGAAGGUACAAGCCUCGGGAGAAGCUAAAGGUGAACUUUGGUACUCCGGAGUUCCUGGCCCCGGAAGUUGUUAACUAUGAGUUUGUCUCAUUCCCAACAGACAUGUGGAGUGUGGGAGUUAUCACCUACAUGCUGCUCAGCGGUCUGUCUCCGUUUCUAGGGGAAACAGAUGCGGAGACCAUGAAUUUUAUUGUGAACUGCAGCUGGGAUUUUGAUGCCGAUACCUUCAAAGGGCUGUCAGAGGAAGCCAGGGACUUUGUUUCCCGGUUGCUCAUCAAAGAGAAGAGCUGCAGGAUGAGCGCCACACAGUGCCUGAAACACGAGUGGUUAAAUCACCUGCCGGCCAAGGCUUCAGGCUCCAACGUUCGUCUCAGGUCCCAACUACUGCUGCAGAAAUAUAUGGCCCAGAGCAAAUGGAAGAAACAUUUCCAUGUGGUGACUGCAGUCAACAGAUUAAAGAAAUUUCCAACAUGUCCCUAAUCUCCAACUCCGCUGCUCCAUCGGGCCAGGAAUUCUUGAGGCAACAUCAAGUGGUCAUAUGAAAAUAUUGUUCAAGAUUUUCUGUAGUCCGGCGCUU